AUGACCAUUCAUGCUUUACCAAAGCGGGCGCCCCGGAAAUUGCGGGCGCCCUUGACCCGGCGCUUCACUACCAGCCCCCGCACCGCCAGCUACGCGGACACAUUGCCGAACCUCAAAAUUGGCGCUCAUACUAGGGUUUUAUUCCAGGGAUUUACAGGGCGACAAGCUACUGCCAAUGUCCAAGAGUCGCUUGCAUGGGGUACUAAGAUUGUUGGUGGUGUCAAGCCCGGUGUAGAAGGCGAGCAUUUGGGCUUACCCGUGUUUCCAUCUGUAAAAGCGGCUCAAGAAAAAGCCAAGCCUGAUGCUUCUGCCAUCUACGUUCCCGGAAAUCAAACCGCUCAGGCCAUUGAAGAAGCCAUUGAGGCCGAGAUUCCACUCGUCGUCGCUGUGGCAGAACAUGUACCGAUUCAUGACCUCCUUCGAAUUCACUCCAUGCUCCAAACUCAGUCAAAGACCCGCUUGGUUGGCGCAAAUUGCCCGGGUAUUAUAUCGGCUAUUGGAAAGUGCCGGAUCGGCUUCCAACCACUACCCUGCUUUGCGCCUGGUAACGUAGGUAUUGUCGCUAAGUCUGGCACGCUCAGUUACGAAACUGUGGCAUCGACUACCCGAGCUGGACUCGGUCAGAGUCUUUGCAUCAGUAUGGGUGGAGAUGUGUUGGCUGGUACCAACUUUGUUGAUGCUCUGAACAUCUUUGAACAUGAUCCCGAGACCGAGGGUAUCAUCUUGGUAGGUGAAAUCGGUGGCACGGCUGAAAUGGAUGCUGCGGCGUGGAUUCAAGAUUAUCGGAGGAGGACCGCGGAUCCCAAACCGAUUAUGGCCCUUGUUGGUGGGUUGGAGGCACCACCCGGUCGAAUGAUGGGACACGCCGGUGCUUGGGCUGCGCCUGGGGAGCCAGAUGCGGAGACCAAGUACAAAGCGCUGGAGCGCGCUGGGGCUGUGAUGGUCAAUCACCCAGAGAAGUUUGGCGAUGGGAUGAAAGCUCUCUUGGGUAGCGGGUCUACCCGCCCGGGCACGAAUCCGAUUUCCGGACUGAACACACACAAGAGAAGCUUCCAUACCAUGAGGCGGGUCAAUCUUCCCUCAAGACAGAGAAAAACAACCGGACAAACUCGCAGUCUGUACAUCAAGCAGUUCCAGGCAUUUGACAUCCUUGAGCACAAGGGUGUUUCUGUCCGCCCAUCACCUUCUAGCUCUGAUGUUUCGGUGUCGAUUACUGUUGAUCGAACUGCGUUGUCUCCGUGUAUAAUUGCUUCGCCGACUUCGGAGUUUGGCUCUGCUCAAUCGCGGAAGUUUCCCUUCCCAUACACCCAGUCCACGUUUGAGGGAACAUCGGUAGUUGCUGCUGCCGCCUCACACCUAGGUCUCGUAACGUCAAUCCACGGCGAACUUGCAAGCUUUCUGCAAGCUCUCUGGGAGAUUUAUAAGGAAAAAGAGGCAUUCGUGCUAGAGACGCAAGUUGGUCUCACAGCAGCCGGCUCCCUCGAGGUCCAUGGUGCACGUUUUGGAUUUGACGAUGCUGCAUUCCGCAGCUCCGGUCGCCAGCAGGACAUUCACAAACUUCGAAACACUGCCGAGGAAGUACCGGAGGAAGUCGAGGCUGAGAAAGACGGGAUCGUAUAUGUCAAACUUGAAGGUGAAGGCAGCGUGGGAACACUAGUCAAUGGAGCCGGUCUUGCCAUGAACACAGUCGACGCACUCACAAUACACGGUGGACAAUGCGCCAAUUUCCUUGAUACCGGUGGCAAGGCUACAUCGGAGACCGUCAAGUCGUCAUUCCGUGUCAUCUGCUCUGAUAAGCGGGUGAAGGCCAUCUUCGUCAAUAUUUUUGGUGGUUUGACGCGCUGUGAUAUGAUUGCCGAGGGUAUCAUACUGGCGUUCCGGGAUCUGCAGAUGAAGGUGCCCGUGGUUGUGCGGCUGCGUGGCACCAAUGAAGAGCUUGGCCAGAAAAUGAUUGCGGAAAGUGGUCUUCCAUUGCAUGCUUUUGAUGGAUUUGAGGAGGCUGCGAAGAAGGUUAUCGCGUUGGCCAAUAGUCAGUAG